ACUCAGCAUUAUCCAUGACUGCCUGUCCGGUGACUGAUGUGUUUGUCGAAUUCAGUCUAAGGCAUAAAACUUUCACUUUUGAUUUCUGGUCAUGCGUCCAACAGGCGGGGUUUUCCCCAACAACAACAAAAAAAAAACUGUUUCAUCUACGUGCAAAAACCCGUUUCAUAGCUCAAGUGUUCUCUUCUUCCUCCAUUGCUGUUUUAGAGAGAAAAAGACGGAAAAUAGCCAACCGUAGUAAAUGAAUUAAAGAAGAUUGUCAAUCUCAAGCCUUAGCAUCUGUGUCCUGAGGAAGCUACAAGCCAUGAGUGACAAAGAACAGGGUCUGCUGCCACUGGCUGCAGAGCAGGCUGCCAUUCUGGCAAAGUGUGGAAAUGCCUUUUGCCAUGCUAUAAAUGAAAAAUUUAAUUGCACUGCUAUUCUUCGCAAUAUAGAAGAUGCGGGCUCCUUUAAUAACACAAGUCGAGUCUUUCGUGCUGAAAAGAGGUACUUCGCAGACCUGUCCAGCGGAGUGGAAAUAUCAGUCUGGAAAGAUGAUCUUACACAGCAUAAGGUGGAUGCUGUGGUCAAUGCAGCCAAUGAGAAACUACAGCAUGGAGGAGGUCUUGCACAAGCCCUGAGUACAGCUGGGGGACCAAUUAUCCAGAAACUGAGUAAUGAUUAUAUACAAAAAUUUGGAAAAGUGCCAGUUGGUAAGGCUGUACGUGGUCCUGCUGGAGCUCUCCCAUGUAAAUAUAUCAUACAUGCUGUGGGUCCUCGAGUAUCGCCAAGUCCAUCAAAGAAGGAGGUUGAUCAAGCUGCACCAUUAUUAAGUGACGCUAUCAGCAGUAUCCUACAAAUAGUUGUAAAAGAAAACAUUUCUUCUGUUGCAAUUCCUGCUCUGAGUUCUGGUCUAUACAAUUUUCCAAGAGAUCGCUGUGCAGACAUCAUUGUGAAGUCUAUAAAACAGUUCAAUGAUUUUACUGGGUUUCAAGGCAAGAACGUUAAAAUCCAUCUUGUCAAUCAUGAUGAACCCUCAGUACAAGAAAUGGAGAGAGCUACUGUUGCUAUUUUAGGGCAGUCCAGCACCUCACACAGUGGAGCUCAUCAGGGAAGCAUGACUUCAAGCAGCAGAAUGCGAUUUGGAAAUGUGAUGUUGCACCUUAAAAAAGGGGCAAUUGAAGAAGAAAAAGUUGAUGUAAUUGUGAAUACAAUUGCAGCAGACUGUAAUUUGUCCAAGGGGUUGAUUUCGAUGGCAAUUUUGAAUAAGGCUGGCAAAAAGAUUCAAGAAGACAUUAACAAACAAAAAUAUAGUUCCACAAAUGUGUAUGUGACCAGUGGGUAUAAUCUGAAGUGUCAAGCAGUUUAUCAUACUGCAUGUGCAUUUAGGUCUCAGUUCAACUCCAAACAGAUUCUUUUUGGGGUGGUCUUGGAAUGUCUGAAAAAAGCUGGUUCAAAGUACAAGUCCAUUUCCUUCCCAGCAAUUGGUACUGGUCAUCUGGGCUUUAAGAAACAAGAGGUUGCUGCAAUCAUGACAGAUGCAGUGGCAGAAUUUGCCAAACAGAACAUGAAGCUGGAUGUAAACUUCGUUGUGUUUCCAGAGGACAAUGGCAUGAUGGAGGCUUUUGAACAAGAAAUUAAAAAGUGGAAGCAAGAAGCACAGUCACCAGGAGGACACGAAGACACAACAAGGUUUGCUUUAGCAUCCAGGGAAACCUCAGCAAAUAAAACACCCACUGUUGAGUUUCAAAGUGUCUCCACCGAAGCCAUGAGAGAAGCAAAAGAGUGGGCACUUAAUAUGCUAAAGCAACCAGAAGAGAGAACAAUAAAGAAUAACCAUGUCGUAUAUCUUGGACAAAAAGAACAUGAGUUCCUGCUCACUCUCCAAACGAUGUUUGAUGUUCGCAUUGAAGAGUUCUUUAAGAGUGGGAAUGGUGGUAUAACCAUCACUGGAAGUCCCUUAGGUGUCAGCUGUGCAGCGAUUGAGGUGGAGUCUAUGCUUUGUAAGGCUCAGGAUGAGUUUGCUCAAGCUGAAGAACGUGACCUUCUCUAUUCUGUGGUUCGCUGGAGCUGUAAAGAUGAACCUUGGAUACAAACACCUGAAAUAAGUGCAAUUUUGGAGAAAGCUUAUCUGGCAGGGCAAGAACGACUUGAGAUCAAUAAUUACAAGGUCAACUUUCUUUUAAGAAGUGUGAUAGACAACAAGGGGAGCCUAAGCAGUGUGGAAAGGAAAUGCCUGUUGGGUCCUUUCCAGUCUCUUAAGAGUUCAUUUUUUGGAAGAGUACCUGUGACCAGGCAUGAUUCUUUUGAAAAAGAUGGAAAGAAAGCUUUCAAUGCUUCCAGGCUCCAUAUCGUAAAGGUGGAGAAGCUAGAGAACAUCGUGCUGAAACAGCUGUUUGACAAGAAUGGGCAGAGAAUAAAAUGCCAGCCGAAGCGCCUCUACCAGUGUGUGUCUGCUCAAUACUGUGAUCUCAUCUGCAGAGUAGGCUUUCAGAAGGAGUUUGCCCCUCCUGCAGAACAAAAGUAUGGCAGUGGAAUUUACUUCAGCAGUUCAGUGGAUGGAGCUCUGAAGCUGUGGAGUAAUCCGGAAAACGAACUGUACAUCUACAUUAUUCAGGCACAGGUCCUCACUGGGAAAUCUGCAUAUGGUUCUCCAGAUUUAAUUUUGCCCCCUUCCGUAACAGGAGACCCCUUGGAGCGUUAUGAUAGCUUGUCUGACAAGGUAGAAACACACGUCAUCUUCAGCGGUCAACAAGCUCUUCCUGAAUACCUGAUCAUAUGUGCCAAAUCAAGCUUUGUUUAGAUGCUCACAUUUUUAUUUGAAAAUUGAAAUCAUUAGUCACAUAUGACUAGGUGAGUUAUGAUUAUUGACACUAUUAAAAAAUUAAAUAAGUUCUAAACCUAAAUAAAUCUCAUUUACUCUGCAGGUGAAAAUUUUGAGUUGAGCAUAAAUUCUUUAUUAUUAUUAUUAUUAUUAUUAUUAAAUUAUGCUUUCACAAGUGUUUUCCAUGAUCUAACAUGACAGCAUGGACAACUCAUCUUACAGAUUACAGUUUUAAGCAUUGAUGUACAAAAUAUACAUAUUAGUAUGAUUUAUGAAGGAGCAUGUGAACUCAGCUUUGACAUUACAGGAAUAAGUAAAAAAAUUUAAUAUAUUAAAAUACAAAACGGUUAGAAUAACAAUUGGUGUUAAUUUUCAAUUUUACACUAUAAGAUUAAUAGAAAUAGACGUUUUCUUUCUCUAUAAAAAUUUCAGAAAAUUUUUUGAAACUUUUUGUAUUAAGACAUUUGUAAAUAUUGGUGUGAAAUGUAAGUAAUCAUGGUUUUCUUGGAUUCUCUAUUGGUUGAUCAUAACAGAAUAAGGGUAAAUAGUUUAAGAGUAUGCCUAAAUUCAUUUAUCAAUUAAUAAAAUACAAAGUCUGGGACGCAGUUUAUUUUAUGAGUAAUCAAGAUCUUCAUAUUCAAUGUGAUUUGCACAGCUGAAUAAUAUGGAAUGCUUUGACAUAAAUAAAAGAAUGCUAAAUUCCAACCCGAAA